AUGUCUCAAAUCGCUCUGCCUGAAGCCUCGGAUCCCGAGCCUCCUCACUUGAGCUUCCGCUCCUUUGUCAAUGCCCUCCGUCAGGACAACGAUCUCGUCGACAUUGACGCCCCUAUUGACGCAAACCUCGAGGCUGCAGCAAUCACCCGCCUCGUCUGUGAAACCGACGACAAGGCACCGCUCUUCAACAACGUCAUCGGUGCCAAAGAUGGUCUCUGGCGCAUCCUCGGAGCCCCUGCCUCUCUCCGCAAGACGCCCGGCGAGAAGUACGGCCGUCUGGCUCGCCACAUGGCGCUGCCUCCAACUGCCAGCAUGCGUGAAAUCAUAGACAAGAUGCUGUCUGCAAGCAGCCUCACCCCGAUUGAACCGGUUGUCGUGCCCACUGGCCCCAUCAAGGAAAACUCCAUUGAGGGAGACGACAUUGAUCUGACGGCCCUUCCGGUGCCAUUGGUCCAUCAGUCUGACGGUGGACGAUACAUCCAGACAUUUGGCAUGCACAUUCUGCGUUCUCCUGAUGGCAGCUGGACCAACUGGUCUAUUGCUCGAGCCAUGGUGUCUGGCAAGCGGACUCUGGCCGGGCUCGUCAUCAGUCCCCAGCACAUCAAGCAGAUCCACGAUUUGUGGAAGAAGGAGGGCAAAACUGAGAUCCCCUGGGCCCUUGCAUUCGGCGUCCCUCCCACCGCCAUCAUGGCUUCCUCAAUGCCCAUCCCUGACGGAGUUAGUGAGGCCGGUUACGUGGGAGCCAUUGCGGGAGAGCCCAUCAAGCUGGUCAAGUGUGAUACCAACGACCUCAUGGUUCCGGCCAACUCAGAAAUCGUCCUCGAGGGCACCCUCUCCGUCACUGAGAUGCAGCCUGAAGGCCCCUUUGGCGAGAUGCACGGCUACACGUUUCCUGGUGAGAGCCAUCCGGGCCCCAAAUACACCGUCAACAAGAUUACGUACCGCAACAACGCAAUCCUGCCCAUGUCUUCGUGCGGUCGCCUGACAGACGAGACUCAAACCAUGAUUGGAGUCCUCGCCGCAGCCGAAAUCCGGCAGCUCUGCCAGGACACCGGCCUCCCCAUCACCGACGCCUUCGCCCCCUUUGUCGGCCAAGCCACCUGGGUCGCUCUCAAAGUCGACACGGCCCGCCUCCGCGCCAUGAAUACCACAUCCAAGGCCUUCUCCGAACAAGUCGGCAACCUCAUCUUCCGGUCCAAGCCCGGCUUCACCAUCCACCGCCUCAUCCUCGUGGGCGACGACAUCGAUGUUUACGACGACAAGGACGUCAUGUGGGCAUUUACGACUCGUUGCCGCCCUGGAACUGACGAGGUCUUUUUCGAGGAUGUUGUUGGCUUUUUGCUUAUUCCGUAUAUGGGACAUGGUAAUGGGGAUGCUAACAAGGGCGGCAAGGUUGUGAGCGAUGCAUUGCUGCCGGUGGAGUAUACGACUGGCAAGAAUUGGGAGAAUGCUGACUUUAAGAAUGCCUAUCCGAAAGAGGUUCAGGAUAAGGUGUUGAAGGACUGGGAGACGCUGGGAUUCCGGAAGCUGGAGUGA